CUUCUUAGUUACUCAAUAAAAAAUAAACUUUUAUAAGAGGGAGUGUAGUUUAAAACGAUGGGUUUCAUCAGACACGUCGUGUGCGCCAUGUCUGGCGGCGUUGACAGCUCUGUCGCAGCGUUAUUACUGAAGAGGAGAGGCUAUAGUGUAACUGGAGUUUUUAUGAAGAACUGGGACUCCCUGGAUGAGAGUGGGACGUGCACCUCAGAGAAAGACUGCGAGGACGCCUACAGAGUUUGUCAGACCCUCGACAUCCCCUUCCACCAAGUGUCCUAUGUCAAAGAGUACUGGCACGAAGUGUUCAGUAAUCUUUUAAAGGAAUACGAAAAGGGCAGGACGCCAAAUCCAGAUAUUUUAUGCAACAAGCACAUCAAAUUCAACUAUUUCCACAAGUAUGCUGUCAACACUUUGGGUGCCGAUGCCAUGGCAACAGGCCACUAUGCCAGGACGUCACAGGAAGACGACGAGGUUUUCCAACAGACGCACAUGGCCCCGCCUACCACGCUCUUCAGAGAUCGAUUCGAGAUUAGGAAUCCGGUGAAGUUGUGCAAAGCAGCAGAUCACCUCAAAGACCAAACCUUCUUCCUCAGUCAGAUCUCCCAGGAUGCCUUACGACAAACCAUCUUCCCACUGGCCGGACUCACCAAAGAGUUUGUCAAAAAGAUAGCUGCUGAGGCAGGCUUUCACCAUGUGCUGAAGAGGAAAGAGAGCAUGGGCAUCUGCUUCAUCGGAGAGAGAAACUUUGAAAACUUUAUUUUGGAAUAUCUUGAACCUAAACCAGGGAACUUUGUCUCCAUUGAGGACGGGGCUGUCAUGGGAACACACAAAGGCUGGUUCACUUUGACGCUGGGCCAAAGGGCAAGGAUAGGAGGGCAGAGGAACGCUUGGUUUGUGGUGGACAAAGACAUCACUACUGGAGAUGUGUUUGUGGCUCCAACUACAAAUCACCCGGCUCUUUUCUGCGACACCAUCGGGACAGACCGCUUCCACUGGGUAACAGACGACCCUCCUCCUGAACUAGUCAGAACCCAGAUGAUGGAGUGUCAUUUCCGUUUCAUGCACCAGAUGCCGCUAGUUCCCUGUACGGUGACACUGAACAUGAACGGCUCUGUGUGGAUCUCACUCUCUCAGCCAGUCAGAGCUCUGACACCUGGACAGUUUGCUGUGCUCUACAAAGGAGACGAGUGUCUUGGUAGCGGGAAAAUUAUCCGGCUUGGGCCCAGUGAGUACACACUCCAGCAGGGCAGGGAACGGUUGCGAGCAGCCGCGAUACACAAGGAGUCACAGAAUCCUGAACCAGCUAGCUGAGAUGACCUCGAAGCACAGCCGGGGUGGAAAUAAGCUGUGUCCGGUACAUUAGGUAGGGCAACCCUGUUCAUGACUUUUGUCUUUUAGACAGGGUUGUGUGACAUGGCGCCUCUUCUAGAGGCAAUCCUGGACGCUGUAAACAACUGAUUGUUUUUAAACCUCAACGUAUCAAAAGUUUUGAUAACACAAGGACAAAAAGGUUGAUUUCUGUAAUGUUUUUAGUAUUUUGUGUUCAGAUACAACAUGCAAGCUGCUCAGGAACCAUCUUGUCUCCAAAACUGGCUUGGAUGCA